AAAGAGGGGCCCUGGCAGAUACCCCGCCCCACACUCCUGCCUCAGAGGCCACUUAAGACAGAGCCAACAUUGGGACAACUGCUCUUCCUGAGCAUUUCUGGAGCAGAAGCUCUUCUCACAGAGGGAGGGACAGAGCGGGCAGCAGGCACCAUGGAGCCCCCUUCAGGCCCUCCACGAGGAGGACAGGUCCCCUGGCAGGACCUCCUGCUGGCAGUCUCGCUCUUAACCCUCUGGAACCCGCCCACCACUGCCCAUGUCACUGUGGAGUCCGUGCCGCCCAGUGCUGCCGAAGGGAAGGACGUCCUUCUGCGAGUCCACAAUCUGCCUAGGGAUACUGGACGCUUCAACUGGUUCAAAGGGGCCACAGCAAAGGAGAACCGUCGUAUUGUAUCAUAUACAGUAGAUGCACAAAAAACUACUCCAGGACCUGCACACAGCGGCAGAGAGACAGUGUACCCCAAUGGAUCCCUGCUGUUCCAGAACAUCACCCUGAAUGACACAGGAGUCUACACCCUACAAUUCUUAAAUAGAACUUAUGACACGGCACAAGUAACUGGACAGCUCCAUGUAUUCCGUGAGUAAUUCCCUCUCACCUCUGGUGCUGGGUGGGGUGAAUUCCUGCUUCACACAGGAUGACAGGCCGGGACUGGGCCUCCUUCCCCCUCUGCAUUAUGUUCUGU